UUAUUCAUGGUCUUCAGACCUUUGAUCAUUUUGGCUGCCCACCUCUGGACACAUUCCAGCUUAGAGUCAAUACCUGUCUUAAAUUGUGGUGCCGAGAACUGGACACAGGGCUAUUCUUCCAUGUGAGGAGGUCUGACCAAGGCAGAAUAGAAGAGCGCCAUUACUUUCUUUGAUCUUUUGAUGCAGCCCAAAAUCACAUUGGUUUUUUAGUUGCUGCAUCACAUUAUUGUCUCAUGUUCAACAUGUUGUCAACUAAGACUCCAAGAUCUUUUUCACAUGUUCUGUUGUUGAGCCAGGCAUCACCCAUCCUGUAUCUGUGCAUUUAGUUUUUCUGCCUAAGUGAAGUAUCCUACAUUUCUCCGUGUUGAAAUUCAUUUUGUUAGUUUUGGCCCAGCCCUCUAAUUUGUUAAGGUUGUUUUGAAUUCUGAUCCUGUCUUCUGAAGUAUUAGUUGUCCCUCCCAAUUUGGUGUCAUCUGCAAACUUGAUCAGCCUGCCCUCUAAACCUUCCAAGUCAUUAAUAAAGAUGUUGAACAGCCCAGAUUAUUUUCUGGCAGUGUGGACUAAUAUAAUCCAGUUUAAAGCAGAAAACCUGGGAUCAGAUCCUGAGAUUAUAGGGCCUGACUGGAAGGGCUCCUGUUAGCUCUAUUUCUCUGAAAUGGGUUAUACACCUCCAAUACUACAUUAUUAUUGGAAUUAUCCCAUCAGGUUUCAGUGAUGCCUAUUACAUUGUAACUGUUUUGUUGUGCUAAGAGUGUCAAUUCAUCUUGUAUUAUUUGCUUUGCAUUUGUGUAGACUAGACAUCUAUGUCCAUGGGACAUUCCCCCUAGCUGUGGAUUUGAGAUUAUUAUUGUCCUCUCACUGCUUGGUACUUGUUCUGUUUAAAUUCUUUUUUUAGCCUUUGGGCUUUACCUGGUCUUGGUAAAACUAUUGUUCCCAAGGAUAUUGUCACGCUCCCCCAUACAACUCAGUUUAAAGCCCAAAGGCUAACCAGGUUUGCAAGUCUCUCAGCAAACACAUUGCUGCCAACUUCUCUGAGGUGCAACUCAUCCUGUGCCAGAAACCCAUUUUCAUGGAAAGACCGACCGUGGUUCAGGAAGCCAAACCGUUCUUGACAGCACCAUUUGCGGAACUAGUUUUUCACUCUAUUUUCCUCACUCUUCCUGGGCCACAUCGUAUAACUGGGAGGAGAGAUGAAAAGACAACCUGUUUAGUCUGGGGAUUGGAGCUGAGUGUGGCAAAGUUCUCUGGCCAUUUUGCUUCCUCCUUCCUUCCCUUUCUUUUUUCAAAAAUUAUUGAUAUACUCAUAAGACACCCCAUUAUAGAUCAGGUUGGACGCCUUUCAUGUCUUGUCCCCAUUCAAUGGAAGGUUAAUGGGUUCCUGAAUGUUCUCAGAAUGGUGGUGGUGUGAUUAUAUUUGCUCUGGUGAUACUAUGCACUAUGUGGAAUACAGUAGGCCUUUAGUGGAAGUCUCUUCUCAUCAAUCUUCUUCUAUCUAUAUAUAUAAAAGAGUGAUGGAAUCCUGGCAACCGCCAAAACAACAAAACUAAACACCCCACAACCUCGAAAAUUGACAACACAACCCACCAUCCACGCCUCUAGUUGAUACAACAAAAAUAAAAGAAAAAGUCCUAAUUAGAGGGAGAGGAAUAAUUGUUUUUAUCCAAUUGCUGCCAGUUAGAAGGCUAAGCUCCGCCCACUUGGUCUUCUUGCAACCCACUCACCCAGGGGACAGGCAGAGUUAGGCCUCACUUAGGCCUCUUCCACACUGCCUAUAAAAUACAAAUUAUCAGAUUUUAACUGGAUUAGAUGGCAGUGUAGACUCAAGUCCUUUCCACACAGCUAUAUAACCCAUUUAUAAUCUUAUAUUAUCUGCUUUGCACUGGAUUAUCUGGACUCCACACCUUUACCUUAACUACCACCAAUUCCUCAAUACUUUAUUUCCCAUACCGCCAUACUUCGCCACAGCAAUGCGUGGCCGGGCACAGCUAGUAGCAUAUGAUCCGCAGUUCUGCUGGCUUCAAAACGACUCUCCUAAAGUAACUCUGUGUGCUCUUGAAUGAGGGGGAGAGAUUGGGAGUGGACUUCCUCCUAUAGUUCUAGCUAGAAAAGCCUAUGACAUAUGCUUAUUUCAAAAUGGGGAGGGGUUAGGGGAGCCAUCCUUACAGCUCAGUUUUAGUAUGCCUGGCUGCCUUUGAUGCAUGUCAAAGCUGUCCGCUCCUGCCUUCAGACAGGAACUUGGAAUAUGCUUGUGGGCACAUCUGUGUCCGGUUCUGAGUCUGCCUAUCCCAAGUGGAUCAGCCUUUCUGUUUUGUCAACACAUCUGCAAAUGCCGGACUGUUUUUUUGCAAGGUACUGUACACAUCACAUAUUGCUAGGGCUCAUUUCCUUUCUCUUUUGCACUAGUUUAAGGGGAAACCCUUCCUGGAAAUAUUCUUGGUUGUGUAACAUCUUGCUCAAAGUUUUGUGUCACUUAAAAGGGGGUUAGGAUGCUCGCGAAGUCGUUUUUAGAUCUUGGGAGUCUGUAGCUUUAUAUAAGUGCUUAAGACACAUUUGAACUGACUUUGCCCCAAAAGAAGAGCUUCUAGAAAUGAGCAGUAUCCAGGUGUGUCUACACUUCUGUUCCUCGAAGCAAAAUUAAAUAUGGCCUGUGUCUUGAAAUAUGCUUUCGAGGGACUUGAGGGUGUUCUCAGUGAAUUGCAAUAGCUGGGCCCACCUCUCCUGCACCCCAGUUUUCCAGUGACCACAAAAGGCCUGGGUGAAAGGCGCACAUGAGAAUUGCGUGUGGAAGGAAGCAAGGGUGCUGAGUCAUCCGCAGGCUGGUGGUACUGAUAGACCGUGCCGGCUGGGGCCCAGCUCAGGGGGCAAAAGGCUCGGGGACCCACAGCGAAACAAAUGUAGCCAGCUUACUGAUGCCAACUUUAGUGAAGUACAUCCAAAUAUUACCAGUUCCUGCCAUGAAUGGGCACACUGUCCCUGCAUCCCCCAGCGGUUGGAAUGAGUUCUGUGAGCAGCAUGCCAUCACCACGGCCCGAGAGCUGGCCCGAAAGUACCUCCUUUUUGUCAACGAGAACCCCCAGCAUGAAGUCUUGGCUGCUGACAAUUUUUCCCUUCACUUUGCUGACCUCUUCCAGCAAUACUUUCGCAAUGAGCUGAAGGACAAUUGUACUAUGAACCGGUACCACUUUGUUCCAAUGACCAAGGCGCAAGACUACCGGGAGACUGGCCAAAAACAUGCCGACAAUUUCCUUGUGACGGUUGGGACCAAGACUGAGGUCGAUUUGGAUGAACAGCCUGACUGGAUGGUGGAAGAUUGUCCCUCAGGCCUGGUCAAGUCUUGGAGUUGUGAGGAGCUCUUAGGGUCUUCUUCCUCAGGAGCUGCGCGGAGGCACUUUUCCCUGGAUCGCCUGAAGAGGGGCUGGCGGAAUCUUUUCUGCAGGAGAACCCCAGAACCUACUCCUGGCGGUGGAGAAAGGUCGGACUCUGUUUUGAAGUCUGGCCUUGCCCGAAAGAUCUUUCCUUGGGCCCUCUCACGAGAUCUGUCAUCUCUGGUUCGGAAAGAGGGUACUCUGAAAUACUGGAUGGUGACGGAGGCCACGGUAGACAGUGGGACGUGCUGGCAGAAAUGCCGAUUAGUUUUACAGAAAGAAGGACCAUCGGACAAUGAGAAUUACGUCCUGGCAUUGUUUGACCCCCCCAAGAGCUCCAAACCGAAAUUCCACACCAGCUGCUUGGCCAUCCAAGAAGUCCGACGGUGCACUUGCCUGGAGAUGCCUGACAAUGCGCGCACCUUUGUGCUCAAGGUAAAUACCUCCGCAGACAUCAUUUUGGAGGCCGGAGAUGAGCAGCAGCUGUCUUCGUGGAUAUCUGAAAUUAAAGAAUGCCUCUCUCAAGGGUCAGCGGGAGACAACGUAGACCUGACCUCAGAUUCACAUUCAGAGACUACAACUUUGAGCCCCACAAGCAGCAUCAGCGCGGAUUCGCUCAACCAAGCUGCCAUGUCACCGACCCCUCCGGACCGCCACCUGGCCACAUUCCCCUGGUUCCAUGGGCCCAUUUCUCGAGUCAAAGCGGCCCAACUCGUCCAGCUCCAAGGCCUUGAGGGACAUGGGGUUUUCCUCAUCCGACAGAGUGAAACGCGCAGGGGAGAAUAUGUCCUCACUUUCAAUUUCCAAGGAAGGGCCAAGCACCUCCGCCUUUCGCUGACGGAGCGGGGCCAGUGUCGCGUCCAGCACUUGCACUUCUCCUCCAUCGUGGACAUGCUGCACCAUUUCCAGCGCUGGCCCAUCCCCUUGGAGUCUGGCACUACCUGUAAUGUGCAGCUUUCCAGCUACGUGAUGGUUGUCUCAUCUGCACAAGGCCCCAGCAGCCCUGUGCCCUUCGUCCCCUUUGCCCGCCAGCGCCACCCGGAUUUCAGCCUUUUCCCGAUGAACCUCUCCCACUGCCCCCGGAUCCGCCUGUCCGACAACCUCCGGCGCAACUCCUCGGGGGAGCAGAUUUUCCAUCUGGUGCCACCUCCGGAAGAGCUGGCCCGCAGCAUCCUGGCCUCCUCCCACCUUGCCCCGCUCCCCCCUCGAGUGUGGGACAGCGACUACGAGGCCCAGGGCCAGGCCCAAGGCAGGGGGCACCUGCGGGCGGUUGGCAACCAGUACACCUCCCUCUGACCUGCCGGCCGGGGAGAAAGAGCGCCUGCUUUUGCACAAAACUCGGGUUGCAACGUGUUUGGGAAGGCCCCGGAAAAUGUGUGUAUCUCUUGCAGCUCUGUUUCCUCUGUGAUGUGUACAGUAGGUUGUUGGGAUAGUGCUGUGACUCUAUGAUUCGGUCUGUUACAAGUGCCAUUUGUUGUGACCUUGGUCUUCUCGUAUCGGUUUUGCACAUGGCUUUCCCUUUGCUUUGGGGUUCUUUGUUCCAGGUACAUGCAAUACUCCGCUAUGGAUUGACGUUGUCUCUUUCUCUAAUCCCAUUCCUUCUGGGAGGAAGGAAACAGGUCAAACUGGUUGCCGUUACUGACACAAACAGAUCUGCUCCUCUCUUUCUGGCUCCCCAGUUGUUGAAUUCUCGUUGUUGAGCAGAGACACUUUCUUGCCCGUUUUGUGGAUUAGUAUCAAGUGUUGUGUUUGAUUAAGUUUGUGUUAGGCAGAGUUACAUGAUUAGAAACAGCACACAGCAGAAACCUUUUGGAUCCCUCAAUGAAGAGCCAAACACUAAACAUCUCUUUGUGGGCUGAGCUCCCACAGUGCCUUUCCAAAAAAUGCCACCCCCCCCCCCCCCCUUGAGAAUAUGCAACCAUGAAGCUUCACUACACAAGAAGACACAAGUCGAACUGCACAGGGCAGAGGAACCUGCAGUUCUGUGACUAUGUCAAAGUGUGUAGGAAAUGGCCUUACGUAACAUGGGAACCUAUACCCUUGCACUACAACUCCCAUCAGCACUGGUCUGAGGCUUAUGGGAGUUGGGAGUCUUCUCAGCCUUGAGCUGAAGGUGUUGGAUGACUAAAGGAGGGCUCCAAUGCUUUCAAGACAACAUACACUCUUCUGCAUUCUGCCUCCUUCAAGUAGGCUCACCCUGACUGGCUUUAUUAUUUUUUAAAAAAUAUUUAACUUGUAACUUUAGUGGCACAGAGUGUGGUUAUUUCCAACAGCAGUUGGCUCAUGCCCCUUCUUUUGAAGACAGGAGUAAGUAGGCACUUUCUACAUUUCCAGUUGUUGCUCUUUUCCUGAAGACAGCAGUGUAUCACUGGGCGGCAUGCCUUCUGCAGCCAAACCAGGGAUUUUUCAAGCCCAGCCCCUCUCAACCUCCGAGGUGGUCUUGUGCCUCACGCCAGCCGAAAAUGACAUCUGCCUAAGCUUGUUAAAUUGAUCAAGCCGAAGCUGUGAGAAGACAGCAGCCUCUGCUGGGCAAAGAUAUUUUCAUCACCGAUUUUGAAGCUGCACCCUUGGAACUUCCUGUGCCGCUGAAAAGCUUUAUUAAAAAAUAACACUGAUUUAAACCCACUGCGGUGGCCUUCUUGCCUACAGGAACCUGAAACCAUGUGCUCCCCAAGCUUAGGCUAAGCUCCAAGUGCCUACACAAGUGCCAACCAGGCUGGAUGCCUCUUCGAAAUCGGAAGGAAGCACCCUUUGGCCCAAAGACGACUAGGGCAAGGCUCAGGCAGCUUCUGGCUUUGAACUCGGGGCUGCAUUUUCCUGUUACAGAAUGACUUUGUCUCAUGCCAGGCUCAUAGGCUGCCAAACUCUGCCUAGCCCGAUUCCUUUGCUAGCCUGUCACACGCCAUGUUCAGGAGGGGAAUACGACUGUGCUGCCUGUCCAAAAAUAAACACGGCCCAUCUUCUUUCACUUUAUCCACAUUUUUGUGUUCACAUGCAACCGACUGACUGGAAAGCAACUCGAGCUGCCUCUCUAUGGGAAGGCAGGAGAGGAGGAGAAAGGCGUGCACCAACUCCUCUUUGGAGAAACAGGACAGAACUCCUCUUUCAACAAGGACAGGCAGGAGAAAUUCUUCUUCUUUGUGGUCUCCUGUACCUUCCAAACCAUCUAGACCCGUGGUUCUUACCAUUGGUCUUUCUGGUGUUUUGUACUUUGACUCCCAGAAAUCCCAGCCAGCUUACCAGCGGUUAGAAAUUGUGGGAGCUGAAGUCCAAAAUACCUGGAGGACUAGAGGUUGACGAUCACUGAUCUAGAGCUGUACAGAGAUUUUUGUAAGUGUGCUGUAGACUAACCCCUUGGUGCGAUUUCGCAGGUGAUCAGUGGAAGCAACGCAAUUACAGGUUGGUAUCAUUUUCUCCCCUCCCGCUUAGAAUCCAAGCAUCCCUUGGCUCUGGCAUGCCUUGCUGGGCCUAGCAUCACGGUAAACAUCCAACAAACCACCAGUGUUUCUUUCCAAGUCUUACACUAGGCCAACCCUCUGUGGUCAACUGGCUACAGGAGAAUCUGGAGGCGUUUCCCAGAGCUUUUCAGUGUGUUCAAAAGCAUUUCUGGAAGUCAACCUGUUUGCCAACUUCGUUAGACACAGCUAUACAGGACUACAGUUAUCAACCCUUAAAAACAACGCAACAGACUGGAGGCACCUAUGUGAGAGACGUUUCUUGCUUGGUGGGAAAGCAGAACCAAUUUGUCCCAAGACUCGUGGAAGAGGAGAUGGUCUUAAGUUCUUAAUCGCGACCACAAUCCAAUGUGCCUUCUUUGAGAAUGAGUAACUAUUAUCCAUCAUGGUCCCUGUAAAAUCACACAUACGGUAUUUCCUGCGGACCACACUGGACAGCAGUACUUCAACCCAAGUUGGAAUUGGGCUAAGGCUGUUGCAAGAAUUUCGUGCCUUCUUUUAGUUCUCUUGAGCAGAUUAGAAGAAGCUACAUAUGCUCUGGAUUAGCCAUUUUGCCAACUUGCCAUCAGCCUUCCUAGGCUGUUAGCUCCAGCUCCUGCCAACCUAGCAGUUCAAAAACAUGCCAAUGUGAGUAGAUCAAUAGGUACCGCUCCGACGGGAAGGUAACGGCGCUCCAUGCAGUCAUGCUGGCCACAUGACCUUGGAGGUGUCUAUGGACAACACUGGCUCUUUGGCUUAGAAAUGGAGAUGAGCACCAACCCCCAGAGUCGGUCACGACUGGACUUAACGUCAGGGGAAUCCUUUACCUUUUUAGUCCUUAGGAAGGCAAUAGGAAAGUUGGAACCUUCACCAACAGUAAGUCAGCCCAAGCUGGAAUUCCUCAACACAGGAACAAGGCUAAGGCUUUUGUAAGAAUUUUGUGCCUUCUUUCAAUUCUCUGAGCAAAUUACAAGACGCUACAUAUGCUCUGGAACGGCCAGAGACCACCUUGCCAAGUCUCAUCUUGCCUUGAGAGUACCAUUCCACUCUGCCAACAGAAAUAGCCUCCGAGUUCCCAACUUUAAAGCAGGGAGGCCAAACCUUGAACACUUUGUAGUUCCAAACUUCAUACAGAGAUUGGCCAAGGUACUUGUGUGGUUUAUAAUCCUUUAGGAAUGUGGGUCAGCUAUGAAGUAUGUUUUUCAUGCUCUGGUUCCUCCGUUCCCAGGCACAAUGGGGCAAGGAAGGCCUUCCAGGGAUAAGGGACAUGCCACAUAUACUUUGCGUUGAGCAAAACUCCUGUGUUCAAAAGAUUGGGGCUCCCAAUUUGUCCUCUGAAGUUGGCUCAGGCACCUAGAUGCUAAAGCAGGCAUGGGGAAACUUUGGCCCUCCUUCCCGAGGCCAGGAAGUCCAAAACACCUGGAAGGAGGGCCAACGUUUGCCCACGCCUGCACUAAAGCCUUGCCUAGAGUCUCCACUUUUUUUCACAUUGAGCAACUCUAUCUCUAUAGACAAGACAUGCAUAGGUUCCACCACUCGAUCCCCCAAAUCGAAUGUUAAAGAAAACUGUGUGUUCUUUUGAAGCCCUUCCUGCUCUUGUAUAGAACUGUUCUAUAUUUUGUGUUUGUAUGUAUUGUACAUGUAAGUUAUUGAGUAUUUCAAAAAUAUGUAUACAGAUCUUGUGCAGUAAAUGACAUUGUUUAAAAUGUAA